GGUGGGGGCGGAGCAAGAUGGCGGCGGCGGUGCCGGCACUGCCCGCGCCCCUGUCGGGCAGGUUCAAGGGAUCCUUUGCAUAUCUUACAAUUAAAGACAGACUGCCACAGAUCCUCACAAGAGUUAUUGAUACUUUGCAUCGACAUAAAAAUGAAUUCUUUGAAGAACACGGUGAGAAGGGUGUCGAAGCAGAGAAGAGAGCUAUAUCUUUCCUCUCCAAACUGCGGAAUGAACUGCAAACAGACAAACCAGUGACCCCUUUGGAAGAUGAGUUGCCUGAUGCUGUGCUGUGGAACCAACACCUGGACUACCAACGGAAUUUAUCAAAUGGAAAUGGAGAACCAAGUUGGUUUCAGUCCCCUUGGUUGUUUGUAGAGUGUUAUAUGUAUCGAAGAAUUCAUGCAGCAUUAGCACAGAACCCACCUAUUGACAACUUUGACGUAUUUAAAGAAGGAAAGGCUCAAAAUUUCUUUGAAUCCCAAGAGGCUGUUAUUGCAUUAUGCACUUACUUUCAGGAACUUCUUAAGAACAUCAAGGAUCUAGAUGAAAAGCAACUUAAGGAGGAACUUUUUAAGCUAUUGCAGGUGUCACUGUGGGGCAACAAGUGUGACCUUUCUUUUUCAGCUGGUGAAGACAGCUCUCAGAAGUCUAGUCCCUUACAAUCCCUGGCAAACAUGGUACCUUACAUCUUAGUGAAUGAUAUGGAAAAACUUUGGUCACUACUUGUAAAUGCCCAAAAAAAUAGAACAGAAGGAAGUAAUGUUAGAGUUGACAUAAUCCUGGAUAAUGCUGGAUUUGAACUUGUAAGUGAUCUUGUGUUGGCUGAUUUCUUGUUAUCGUCAAAGCUAGCUGAUGAAGUCUAUUUCCAUGGAAAAAGUAUUCCAUGGUACGUGUCAGAUACCACAAAGCAUGAUUUUAACUGGACUAUUAAACAACUGCAGUCAGCUAAUCAUAUGUGGAUGUCUAGGUGUGGUAUAAACUGGGAGGGCAAUUUGAAAAAGGGAGUUUGGGUUUUCUGUGACCACAUGUUUUGGACUUUGCCACAUGACUUUUCCAGUAUGGGUGGAGUUGCUCCUGACUUGUAUGCUGAGCUACAGAAGUCAAACUUGAUUUUUUUCAAAGGUGAUCUAAACUAUAGAAAAUUAACAGGAGAUAGAAAAUGGGAAUAUAGUGUCCCGUUUCAUCAAGCCUUGAACAAGUUUCAUCCUGCGCCUCUCUGUAGUUUGAGAACACUAAAAUCUGACACUCAGGUUGGCCUAAAACCUGGACAAGGUGAACAAAUUGAGGCUUCUGAACCUGACUGGAUGGAAUCUCAUGAUCACGUUCUUUUGGAUAUUCCUGUCACUAGAGAGCAGAUGAAUCAUUAUCGAGCUGCAGCUGAAGCUGCUCAAAGUGAACUUGCAGCACUUUCAGUGAAGUGUGAUUGUGUCCAGUCAGAGCUUCUUGAACUCAGGUCCAGCAUAAUCUCUAAAGAAGCUUCUUUUCAAGAGCUGAAGGCUGAAGCUGAAAGCUAUAAGGAAAACAAUGCUAGACAGAUGUCUCGCCUCCAGUGUUUGCAAACACGAAUCCAGGAGAUGGAGGAAGAGCUGUGUGUGCUCACUGCUUCUAAAAACCAGGCUGAGCUGAGAGCUCAGGUGGCAUAUAAGGAAAACCAGGAGCUGAAGGAGGAGCUGCACAAUCAAAAUGCCAAACUUAAUAAAUAUUUGAAUACAAGUGAAGAGAACAUAACUCAAGCUUCUAAAAUCAGCAGAAAGUAUGAAGAGCUCCUUACACAGCUUUCUGGAUUCUUGGACGCAGACAUCAGAGAAAAAGAGAAACCACAAGAAUAUUUAAUGUCGAAGGUCUCUGAAAUAUGUGAAGAAAAUCUGACACUGAAAGACCAGGUUGCUGCUCUUCAAGAAGCUAUGAAUGUCCAUGAGAUGGAGUCUAAAGCUAGUAGAGAAACUAUCAUGAGGCUAGUUUCAGAAGUGACAAAGGAACAAAAAAAGGCGGCAGGAUACUAUCAAGACAUGGAAAAACUUAGUAAGGAUCUUAACAGCGCUAUAAUAGAGAGACAGAAUUUAGAGAUGGAGUUCAGAAACCUCCAAGAUAAACUGACUGUUAACCAGAAAGCCUUGGACACCACAAAGAGGGAACUGCAUAGUCUGAAGAAAUCUUCCAGCGAGUUAGGUGGAAGCUUGAAGAGCAGCAGAGCAGAAGCCAGGGCUGCUCGAAGCUCUUUAGAGGCUUUUAGAGAACAAAUUGCCACCCUACUCAACGGUGGAUCUUCAAUAGUUGAACCGUCUGAGAAGGCCAUUUUGGAGAGGAUUCGAGAAAUAAAUUGUAAAGAAGAGAGUAAACAAAUAAUGGUAUCUCAACUUGAAACCCAAAUAGCUAAACUGACUGAAGCUUUGGAAAAUCAGACCAGAUUGUACCACAAAGCUCUGGAGAGGAGCAGGAAAGCUGAAAAAUGUUCUGAGGGUUUCCAGGAUCAACUGAAACACUUGAAAGAAGAAUUACUGACUGUAGAUCUGAUGCAAGAUGGUUUGAAACUUGAGAAACAAAAAUAUCUGAAAUUUCUGGAGCAACUGAAUGAGAAAAUGAAACUGGAUAGUCUAGCAGCAGAGGUUGGAUUCGAUAUGAAUAUGGAUGCAAUUCUAGCCCGGGCAGAGCAGUUAGUGAAACUGGAAGGUGAUGCAGUGAUUGAAAACAAGACUGUGGCACACAGCCUCAGAAGGAAGUUGAAGACUCAGCAAGAAAAACUUGAAAGCAAAGAGCUUCACAUGAACCUUCUGCGGCAGAAAGUAACCCAGCUGGAAGAAGAGAAGCAAAUCAGGACCGCCUUAGCUGUGGAAAGGGAUGAGGCCAAUCUCACUGUCAGAAAGUUACAUAAGAUGAUAGAGAGGUUACAGAAGCAGCUUGAUCUGGCAAGGGAAACGAAUACUGAUCUCAAAGCCAAGCUGUCUGAAACCAAUGAACUUAAGAUCAAAACUUUGGAGCAGAACAGAACAAUAGAAGAGCUCAAUAAGUCUCAAGGCAAAUUGGAAAGAAUGAAAGAAGAAGCUGAGAAACAACUUAGAUCUGUCAAAUCAGAACUUCUUUUAAAGGAACGUAAAGCUACUGAAGAGAAAGAAAAAAACCAAAAUAUAUUAGAAGCAGUUACCAGUGAAAUGAAGGUGCUUAAAACAACCCUUGCAGAACUAGCAAAAAGGGAGAGACAGCUGGCAGAUUUCCGAGAGGUGGUCUCGCGAAUGCUGGGCCUCAACAUUGCCAGCCUGGCUCUUCCUGACUAUGAAAUCAUUACAUGUCUUGAUGAGUUGAUUCACUCUUAUCAGCACCACUGCUUCCCCUGUGUCUGCCUCAAAGACAUGGCAAGGGCACCAGAGGAGCAGCAAACAAAUGUACAGCUUCUUCACUGAAAGGAGACAGAACAAAGUAAAAUUUUGCUUCCUUUCCUGGUACACAUCCACAGAAAAGAGAUACUUAUUUCUGUUCCCUACUCUACAGACACCGACUAGGGCUGAUUUUUAGAAUUCCAGUAGGGAGACUGAGCCACAUAGAGUAGGAGCCUAGAGAUGGCAAAGAGGAAAUUUCUGGGCAGCAUAAUGCUUCGGUUAUGAAAAUGAUAGGCCCUUCAGCUAUGAUCAACGAUGCCCUCCGGUUUCAUUGCAGAGGCACUGAAGUCAUGGGCCACCCAAGUUUUGGAAAGCACUUGAGAAGUUAGUGAAUGUCCACUUCAAUGUCAUUCCUUCUGCUUUACCUCUGGGUAUCAAGGAUAAAAUAAAGUAGGGGUUGUCCUGCUGCUGUUUCUUUUGCCAAAUGGGACCUCUCUGCAUUUUUACACGUAAGGACUUCAGCUUCAAGAUAGUUAUCUGGAAGUUAGAGGAUUAUCUCAAUUUUUGGACACGAGACAUUUUUGUUACUUCUGUUGUUUUUCUUUGUCUGUACUUGUGCCAAAACAAGAAGUUGUGCAGCAAAGGCUUUUUCACAGGCUCCUGUCACGUCCCUGAUAUAGAUAUAUUUGGUAAAAUUGAAUGGUGACCUUGGCCAUGAUGCCUUGAAAAUUUUCCUUCUAUCUGCAGUAUUGCUUGGGCCAAAUCCACAGGCCAAAUAAUUGGCAAUUGGCAAUUGCUCUGAGUUAAGGAAAUUUUAAAAUUAUAAAAUGCUUGUCCAUUAGAGAAAAUCUGUGAAUUACUAAAGUCUUUAUUUUCAGAGAAGCAAUGAUGAGGUGUAUACAACUACCUCUUAAUCAUAAAAACUACUGUCAAUUACCCUGAGUGUUGUUAAACUUUAUGAUUUUUUAGAAAAAAU